AUGAGUAUAGAAAUCCCUGAAGGACUGACGGAGCUGUUACAGAGCUUUACCGUGGAAGUGUUGAGGAACCAGCCCAGGGAUUUGCUCGAGUUCGCGCUACAAUACUUCACACAGCUGAAGGACAGAGAGACCAAAGAGGCCUCGUUUGGCAAUGACCAAAAUUCGGCCCCAAGGAUUGGAAAGGCGGUCAAUUUCAUUGACGAAGCGAUGCAGAUUGAUUCGGAAAAUGGAGAGGAGGACGACGAAGAUGACGGGGACUUCUUAGCACCAGUGAUCAACAGAUACAUCAGGAGAGCUUCAGUCUGUGCUGAGGCCUUCAAUCCAGAUGAAGACGACGAGGACAAGGAGCCAUGGAUCACUCAUCCAAAAACAGACGAGCAGAGGCAGAGGCUACAAGAAGCAUGUAGGGACAUUCUUCUAUUCAAGAACUUGGACGCGGAGGAGAUAUCUCAGGUUCUUGACGCCAUGUUUGAGAAAGUUUGUACAGACGGAGAACACAUCAUAGAUCAAGAUGACGACGGAGAUAAUUUUUAUGUAAUUCAAAGCGGGACGUUUAACAUAUUUGUGAAAGUGGAGAAUGCGGAGAAGCUGGUGGGUUGCUAUGACAACAGGGGCAGCUUUGGUGAACUGGCACUGAUGUACAACACCCCCAGAGCGGCAACCAUCGUGGCCACGAGUCCUGGAGCGCUGUGGUGUCUGGAUCGCCUCACAUUCAGGAGGAUAAUCGUAAAAAAUAACGCCAAGAAAAGGAAGUUGUACGAAGCGUUUAUGGAGACACUACCCCUGCUCACGUCUCUGGAGCUGUCGGAAAGGAUGAAGGUUGUAGACGUCAUUUCCACAAGAAUCUAUAGUGACACACAGCAGAUAAUCGCUCAGGGUGAUUUAGCAGAUUGCUUCUACAUCGUGGAGUCUGGACAAGUUAGAAUCACAAUGAAGCGCAGCCGGACAAAAAAGGAGCAGGAGGAGGAGGAGGAGGUGGAGAUCGCCUCAUGCUCCAGGGGACAGUACUUUGGAGAGUUAGCACUGGUCACAAACAAACCUCGAGCGGCCUCAGCAUACGCAGUGGGGAAUGUCAAAUGUCUAGUGAUGGACGUGAAGGCGUUCGAGCGGCUGCUGGGUCCGUGCAUGGACAUCAUGAAGAGGAACAUUCAGAACUAUGAAGAGCAGCUGGUGGCGCUGUUCGGCUGUAGCACUGACAUCCAACAAAGUGCAUGA